AUGGGAGAAAAGAUUGCUUUAUGGGGCUUUGGAGUAAUGAAUAAAAUCAUGUUGAAAUAUCUAAUUGAAAAUAACUACCAAAUAGCUACUGUGAUUGGAGGUCGUGAUCACGGUAAAGACGCUGGGGAGGCUGCAGGCUUGGAAUAUCUUGGUGUAAAAGUUAUUCGACCUGAAGAAGCAGAUGAUGUUCUUAGAGAGACUAGACCUGUUUUGUGCAUUCUUUCAACCAUAAGUGGACUUUCUUUAAUUAUGGAUCAGCUUGUCAUCUUAGCCAGAAAUAGAGUUAAUGUACUCACUAUUAAUGAAGAUGCUUUUUACUCUUGGAGUAUUCAGCCUUAGUUGACCUAAGAGAUUGAUUCUAUGUUUAGAUAGAACUUAGUAACAUUUACAGGAACUGGAUAUUUUGACUUGCUUGGAUGCUACUUUGGAUCUCUAUUGGUUGGCAUUUCACAUAAGGUUGAUAAAAUUUCAAUGAAAGUUCAAUUCACCCUUGAUGAUUUUGGAGUUGGGGACGAAGAUGGUGUUGGUCUUAGCAUAGAGGAAUUCGAAAAGAAAUUUGCUGAAUCAAAAGGAGAAAUAGCAUAUAUCUGGCCUCCAGUAGAGGCUCUUGCAUUCAGAUUAGGAUGGAAAAUUCUCGCCAUAUCUUAGAAGCAUGAACCAACCCUGGCCCCUGUAGAUAUCCAAUCUAAGUAAUACGGUGUUAUAGAAUAAGGUAGAGCUACUGGGUUUAAGGCCAUUGUCACUUGUAAAGCACUAAGAUAAGAUAAUUAGGUGGCUGAAAUUGAAGCGCAGUCAAUUGGUUGCAUCUAUCAUGGAGAUAUGGAAGAUUAUUGUGAGUGGGAAACUAUUGGAGUGCCUUCCUUAACACUUAAAAUGCCUAAACCAGACACAAAUGCAAUCACUUGUGCUUCUACUGUCAACAGAAUAAAAGACUGCAUAAAAGCAAGGCCUGGCUAUGUUACUGUUGUAGAAAUGGGUCCUAUUGCUUGA